UACUGUGUUCUGCCUGUAAACGGUGACUUUAUUUUUAAAUUUUACGAAUAACUUAAGUUGUCAAAAAACCCCUCUAAUCAUUCUUCUCAGAUACCUCUACUAUAUUAUAGAUAUAAUUUUCUGAUAUUGAAAUGUCAUCUAAUGAUUAUCAACUACAGAAUAUCUAUCGAUACUCUAGGAAAACUUUAAAAAAGAAUCGCAGUAGAGAGCAAGAACAUGAAUUACAUAGAGAAAAUUUGAAUAUUGAAAUGACAGAGAGAUCUCCGAGAAGUGAUUUAAAAAACGACGGAUUCAUAAUUUCAUCCCCCGGCUGCAGUUGUGAUACAGAUCAGGAGGUGGAUGUGGCCAAUAUUUUACAUAAAAAGUGCCCUGUUAGUAGCUUGGCUCAACAGCAACUAAAGAAGCUCAUAGACGAGACUGAUCAAUUACUUAGUGAUAAUCCAAGAUCUAGCAGACCUCUCCAUGAAUUAUUGUGUUCCUGUAAAGAAAUUCUUCUGAGACAGGAUAAAUAUAUGUUAUUGAUCUUCAUUACGGUUGCCUUUAUUUUUGGUAUAUUACUAGGUGCUGCUACUUGUGGCUCCUAUCUUGGACGAUUUAACAGUCCUAUACUAACAUGUAUAGAUAACUUCUUUAUUUCGGAGAUAUACCCAAUGAAAGGCCAUGAUGGUUUUCUUAGCAUUGUAUAAAAUUAUAUACCUAGCUAGUUUUAGAAAACUAUUAUUUAAAAG